UUCGAUUGCCACCGUUUCAGAUUAAUUUAGUUGCGUGUCGUUCAUUAGCCAGUGUUGUUGUCGGCAGGAUGAAAUUUAUCGGGGUGCUUUCGUUGGUGCUGAUGAGCAUUGUGGCUCAGGCGAGCCCAAUCGACACUGAACUUGGCGAAAAUGAAGUUGGCCGCUCGGACGCAAUGUCCGCCAAUAUGAACAACUAUGUUGACAUCAUUAUGAUCCAGAUUGGACCGUGGCUCAAUGAACACUUCAUUCCCAUUUAUCUACCCGAUUUCGUUGAAGGUUUUGAGCAUCGACCGAUCAUUAUUACUUAUCACGGUGAAAUUGAGCUGACCAAUGGAAUAUUCCACAACAUUCAGAGUGUGGGCAGAAGCGGAACCGCCAUGAUGCACUAUGAUCGGAAACUUCUGCGAGUGGUGCUCGGAUUUAACCUGAGGCAACUUGGCUUCACCUACGACUAUUCUGCGCACAUCAUGGAUCUGGGACCUACUGGAUGGGUUGAUGUAGACAUUGCGACGAUGACGUUCCAAACGGAGUUCGUAAUCAACUUGUCGAACUUUUACAUCUACAAGGAACAUUUCCAGCUGACAAAUAUUGGCAACAUGAACAUCCGAUUCCGUGGCAACGUUCUGCUUGACUGGAUGACCAACAUCUUCGUCGGAAUCAUCACCAGUAUUUUCAACAACACCAUCACCAACAUCGUGUCCAACUCGUUGAAUGAAUUCAUCCAGGCCACGUUGGACGAGAUGAACGCCCGGGUGCAAGCCCAGGGACGUGCAUUGACUGAGCAAGAAGUGCUCGGGCUGGUCCAUCAGCUGAAGAAUAUGUUUUAGGAGCAAGGAAAGAUGGCCGAGGGCAAUGGAACAGUCAAAGUCAAAUGCCAAGUUGAGGUUGAGUUGCUUUUUUGUGCUUUUUGCUGUACAUUCUGUGAAUAAACACACUUCUAUCUAG